AUGGUUCCUACGAUAUCAUCUACAGCUGAGUACGACGGUUUCCGUUGUAAUCGCGGCCCUCAUCAUAGUCGAAAAAAGACCGGCGGAGGUACGCUUAUUGCCGUUCGUCGUAAUUUGAAAGCUCACGCUAUCAACGAUGCUGCAUGGAGCAUUCUCGAACAACUCUGGUUAUCUGUGCAGCUGACUAAUCGCAAAUUAUUUGUUUGCGUAAUUUAUUUGCCCCCGAACCGAACAUAUGACAAACAGUUGAUCGAUAUACAUGUCCAAUCUCUAUUGACGAUCAUUGCUAGGGCAAAACCGUGCGACGAGAUUAUUAUCAUUGGCGAUUUUAAUCUACCAAACUUACUCUGGCGUCCCUCCCGUAACGGUUUUUUGUACCCUGAUGCGGAUCACUCUAUCUUCCACGGUUGCGCACUGGAUCUUCUCGACGGAUACAACACUGCAAAUCUGCAGCAAAUCAAUAACAACGGAAACGAGAAUGGGCGCUGCCUCGAUCUUUGUUUUGUCAGCACUAGCGCUACCGCUCCCCAGCUGGAAUACGCUCCAGUGCCACUCGUCAAGCUGGUUCCUCACCACCCGGCACUCAUUCUUACCAUUGCAAACCGUGAUAGUGUUAAGUAUUCGGAGCCAACAGUUCGCACUCGUUAUAAUUUUCGGCGAGCCGACUAUGAGGGUUUAUUAAGUGCGUUACACGACGUCGAUUGGGCAGAUUCUCUAAAUGCAAGUGACAUCGACCCGGCUGUUAAUGUGUUCACGUCAAUCAUUAAUGGCUUGAUUGAUCGCUUCGUCCCUAAAACGCAAAGGCGUCCACGGAAAAAUCUUCCAUGGCAGUCAGCGGAACUUCGACGACUGAAAACGAUAAAAAAUGCUGCUUUCAGGAGGUUUUCUGCAAGUCACGCAUUGCCGCUGCGUGACCAUUAUCGACGGAUUAACUACGAUUACAAAAGGCUCAGGCGACGCUGCUACUUGAAUUAUAGACGACAAAUGGAGAGAAGGCUGAGUCAGACCCUAAACGGUUUUGGAAUGUUGUCAACGAACAGCGAAAGCCAGCUUAUUUUCAACGAAGUACUCAGUACAGGGCAAGUAUUGGAAGCCGCGAGCAACGUUACUCGCUUUGGCCACUCGUCUGCCUCGAUCAACAUCGACGAUAACAUGAUUCUGGCCGCUUCCGCUAAGCUAAAACAUUCCUACUCUUCAGGACCGGAUGGGAUCCCGGCUACGCUGCUUAAGAAAUUUCCUGUAACAUGGAAGCAGGCGUUUUUGUUUCCGGUUCAUAAAAAAAGGCGAUCGGUCGAAGAUCGAUAA